GAAAGAUGGCGGCGGCUGCGGUUUGAAUUCCAGCGGCGCCGCCAGAGUUCCAACGAGAGCUGCAUUGGAGGGGGCGGGGACCUGGCGAGUCGGGCGGGUCGCUACCGCAGGGGGAUCCAGUGGUGCCUGCACCACCCACACUAAUGCCACCACCUCCUCUGUGUCCGUGAUGGACUCGGUGUUGGAAGAGGACGUCACCCUCCCCGGGACGCUCAGCGGCUGCAGUGGCCUCGUUCCCAAGUUACCAGAUGACCUGGAAGGCAUCAGCCCCAUUGCUGGUUUGGGAAAUGGUGUGCUCCCCAAAGUGUCAGAAGAAACAGUGUCUCCCACCAGAGCCCGGAACAUGAAGGACUUUGAAAAUCAAAUCACUGAGUUGAAGAAAGAAAACUUUAACCUAAAGCUUCGCAUCUAUUUCCUUGAGGAAAGAAUGCAGCAGGAAUUUGAUGGCCCCACUGAGCACAUCUAUAAAACUAACAUCGAGCUCAAGGUGGAAGUGGAGAGUCUGAAGCGGGAGCUCCAGGAGAGAGAGCGGCUGCUCGUCAAAGCCUCCAAAGCAGUCGAGAGCCUGGCCGAAGGGGGCGGCUCUGAAGUUCGGCGGGUGAAGGAGGACGCUCAGAAGAAGGUGAAGCAGGUCGAGGACCUCCUGACCAAAAGGAUACUCCUUUUAGAAGAGGAAGUGCAGGCUGCCCAGGCGGACCUGAGAAAGGCCUUCGCAGGGACGGAGGCGGAGAGGGCCCUGCGGCUGGGCCUGGAGAACAGGCUUUCGGAGAUGAAGAAGAUGCACGAGGGGAACGUGGACGUGGCCGUGGCCCUGGAGGAGAAAGACAGACUGAUUGAGGAGUUGAAACUGUCUUUGAAGAGCAAAGAAGCUUUAAUUCAGUGCCUUAAAGAGGAGAGAUCUCAGAUGGUGUCUCCUGAUGAGGAUGUGUCAUCGGCAGAGCUCCGAGGACUUCCUGCUGCUCUGCGGGAGGAAAAGGGGAGAGAAACCGAGGCUGCACAAAUGGAGCACCAGACGGAGAGAAAUCGCUUUGAAGAGAGGAUCCAGGCACUUCAGGAGGACCUGAGAGAGAAGGAAAGAGAAAUUGCUACAGAGAAGAAAAAUAGCUUAAAGAGGGAUAAAGCCAUUCAGGGCCUAGCCAUGGCGUUAAAGUCGAAGGAAAAAGAGGUCGAAGAACUUAAGUCUGAAAUUGAAGAGCUCAAUGCUGCCUUUGCCAAAGCCCAAGAGGCCCGCCAGGAAACACACACCCAGAAAUUCCAGGGGUCUGCGGACUACGAAGCUGCUCUGUCAGAAAAGGCAGCCCUUCUGGCUGUGCUGCACUCGGAGAACCUCACCAAGAGUGCGGAGAACCACAGGCUGAGGCGGAACCUGAAGAAGGUCACCCAGGAGCUGAGCGACCUGCAGCAGGAGAAGGAGAGGCUGGAGAAGGACGUGCAGGCAGCCCGGCGCGAGAGGAGCAGAGGAGACAGCACCAUCCACGACCUUAAAAAUGAAGUUGAGAAAUUACGCAACGAAGUGAACGAAAGAGAGAAAGCAAUGGAGAAUUGUUACAAGUGUCUGCUGAGUGAAAGCAAUAAAAAAUUACACAGUCAAGAGCCGAUGAUCAAACAUUUAGCAGAAAGUAUUGAUCAAAAGGACAAGGACUUGCUUCUUCAGAAAUUCAUUGAAAAAGAUUCAGAAGCAAUACAGGAGAACCGUUACUUAACGACCGUGGAGGAUCUCAAAUUGGGGAGAGAAGACUUUGUAACGGAAGAGUGCUCUCCUCGGCGGUCGCCAGGCGGCAAAAGCAUCUUCUCCGAGGAAAAGCAACAAUUAGACUAUGAAGAGCUGAUCCAGGUCUUAAAGAAAGAGCAGGACAUCUAUGCCCACCUGGUCAAAUCUCUGCAGGACUCAGACAGUGCCCAGAACCUGCAGGCCGAGUUAAACAGCAUCUUGGCCCUGCGGCGGCAGCUGGAGCGGGACGUGCUGGCCUAUCGGAAUUUGAAAAAGACGCUGGAGGAGCAGAUCAGCGAAAUUCGGAGGCGGGAAGAAGAACCAUUUUCGUUUUAUAGCGAUCAAACAUCUUACCUGAGUAUUUGCCUUGAAGAGCGCAGUCCGUUUCAAGUGGAGCAUUUUUCUCAAGAAGAACUUAAGAAAAAGGUCAGCGACCUCGUCCAGCUGGUGAAGGAACUGUAUACAGACAACCAGCACCUGAAGAAAACCAUUUUUGAUCUCUCCUGCUUGGGCUUCCAGGGGGAUGGCAGACUUGAGUCAACAGAACAAACGGAGCUUCCAACCAGCAAGGAGGACAAGGACACGAUCAGAAUUGGCAAGGAUGACGAGAAUAAUUUCCUGAGUGGCCAGCAUUCGGAGCAGAGUCACAAGAUUAUUGAGGACAGUUCCAAAGAGGGCUGCAAAAAUGGAUACUUAAGGCACAUGGAUUCCAGUAUUUUGGACCACGGUGGAGCCCACAGACCUGGCCAUCCUGGAGACCCAAGUGUGGAGGAAGGCGAGCUCGGGAGCCUGCUUGCCCCUCUCCUCAACGAGAAGGCCGCGUCGUUACUGGAAGCCAGGCCCGACUUCCUGAAAGAGCUGCGUGAACUGCUUCUGGGACGAGGAUGCUUGCCAGAGCAGGCGGUUUCUGGAGAACACCCCGAUGGGAAAACUGAGGAGACACUCAAGCAGAUGGCUGUGCAGCUGAGAGGUGAACUCAGACAGUUCCUCCAAGCCAGCUCGUUUCCCCAGCCCCACGGCGACCUGAAGUCACCUUGGGGAGCCCCGCUGGUGAAGGCUGCUGGGCCAGCCAGGGUGGAACUGAGAGAUGCCUCGGUGCAGACCACGGCCACGGAAGGCGACGCGCUCGGAUUCAGGCAGGAAGCCAGGAGCGGGGCUUGGGAAGAGACCCCGACAGAUGCUGCGUUCAGCACAGAGCACCCGCCCGACAACUUGGACGGGAUGCCAGGGCGACAGGCCGCACCCCCUGCCUUCUUCCCCAGGGCUGACAGAGAGGCUAAGAAGUCCCGCUUGCCCAUCCUGAUGAAACCUUCCCAGUCGCUGGGAAGUGUGUGCCGGCUCCCUGACCCACAGGAGGUGGUGGCCCAGCUGCGGGGCCAGAUCUUGGAGCUGCAGGGGGAGCUGAAGGAGUUUAAAAUGCGCAAUAAGCAACUUCACCAAAAGUUAAUUCUGGCUGAAGCAGUGACGGAGGAGAGCCCAGUGCCAGACAAAACGCUCCUGAAAGACCCUGAAAUUGACCAGCUCAGUGGCCUUGCUGUCUCGCCAACGGGCAAAGAGGAUCCUUCUGAAGACGUUUGGGGCCCAAUGUCAGUAGCUCCCUGCCUGAGUUCUAAGGGUCAGCUUUCCCCUAAAGUCAGUGCCAUUGCAACCGAUCAGUCUGAGAACGUCGGUACAUCAGAUGAUACGGAAAACUUAAAACAGAAAAUCGGUGACUUGGAAACGGAGCUCGAGGGCUACCGGAACUUCCUGUUUCAGCUUCAGAAGCACUCCCGGUGCAGUGAGGCCAUCAUCACAGUUUUGUGUGGGACAGAAGGGGCCCAGGAUGGCUCCAGCAAGCCCAGGGACGGUACCGACGAGGAAGAAAUGACGUUUUCGAGUUUGCACCAAGUACGCUACGUAAAGCACAUGAAAAUCCUCUGUCCGCCAGCCCCGGAGAUGAUUGACAGCAGGAUGCUGGGGAGCCUCGAGCAGCAGCGAGGAGAGCGGGACUGUGAGCUGCAGAAGGAGCAGGACUUGAACAUGGAACUUUUCAGUGAGAUCCAGAACCUGCAGAAUAAGUUCAGAGAUCUCUCGCCCUCUAGAUACAAUUCAUUAGUGCAGUCCCAAGCCAGGGAGCUCUCCCUUCAGCGGCAGCAGAUUAAGGACAGCCGUGACAUCUGUGUCAUCUGUCGUCAACACGCGAGCACCAUGAUCAAGGCGUUCGAGGAGCUGCUGCAGGCCAGCGACGUGGACCGCUACGUGGCCGCGGGCUUCCGGGAACAGCUGAACCAGUGCGCCGCGCUGCUGGGGAGACUGGAGAAGCUGUUUCUCGGCGGGAAAUCGGGAGGAGUGGAAACGGGCGCCCAGAACGAACUGAUGGAGAGGGUGGAGGAAGACAGCUUAACCGACCAGCACAUCCUCCCCGAGUCUCCUGAGCCCUCGGCCUCUCACGCGUUGUCCGACGGCGACACGUCCGACAAGUCCUCCUGCUCACGAGACCAGAAGCAAGACAGCGAGACCGAGAAGACUUCAGUCACAGCGAACAAUUUUUCUCAAGACCUACUGAUGGAGCAUAUACAAGAAAUUCGAAGUCUGAGAAAACGUUUAGAAGAAUCCAUUAAGACAAAUGAGAAUCUGCAGAGACAGCUGGAGCGGCAAGGGUCCGAACUGGAUCAAGGUUCUUCAAACACUUUUGUUUGUGGGUCGGAGCUGCAUAAUUCUCUGACGUCAGAAAUUCGUUUCCUGAGGAAGCAGAACCAGGCCCUCAAUGCAGUGCUUGCCAAAGGAUCCAGAGAUAAACAGAAGGAGAAUGAAAAAUUACGCGAGUCCCUCUCCAGGAAGGCCGCGGACCUCGAGCACCUCCAGCGCGAGCUGGCCUGCGUGCAGGCGGAGAACGGGAGGCUGCAGCAGGAGGCGGGCCAGCGGCAGAGGCACAGCCAGCAGCUGCUACAGGAGCUCUGUGACAGCCGCAGCGAGCUGAGCAGGGUGCAGGAGGAGGUGAAGUGGAGGCAGCAGCUGCUCUCACAGAACGACAAGGUGCUCCAGUCCCUGCGAGUGGAGCUGAAGGUGUACGAGAAGCUGGACGAGGAGCACAGGAUCCCCAGAGAGUCCAGAGCAGAGGCGUCGGGGGAAGCCUGGAAGGGGCAGGACCCUCUCGGUGACCUGCGUGACCUGCUGACGGAGGUCCGGGCCCUGCGGACACAGCUGGAAAGGAGCAUCGAAACCAACAGCAUGCUGCAGGGCAAGCUCCAGGAGCAGCUGGCGAAGGGCGGGGGGCAGGCUCCAGACGCAGCUCUCGCUUUGGCUCUCCAGACCCCGCCCGUGCCCGAACCUGAACCCCUUCAGCCUGACGGGCAAGACGGUGACAGACGUCCUGUGGCCACUGACAACUCACGUGAUCUGUUUGACUCCACCCAGGUGGUGGCCCUGAGAUCAGCUUCAGAGACUCCUUCACUCUCUAGAAAUGACGGGGACUCCCUCUCCUGUGACAGUGGCAGCACCACCACCACCGCCCCGUGCAUGUCUCGCCUGGUCCCUGGCCACCAGCUGUGGGCCAGCAAGAGUGGCUGCCAUGUCCUGGGCCUGAUUGAGGACUACGAUGCCCUGUGUGAGCACAUUGGCCAGGGCCAGAAGCUUCUUGCCGAGAUGGACAUUCAGAUCCAAGAGGCUCCCAGCCCCUCCAGUCGAGAGCAGGGAACAAAGGGCCUGCACCUGGCGCCCCUGAGCCGGUUUGUCUCCGGCGUGAGCAGAGCCAAGCUGGUCCUGGACGAGGCCGAGAGGUUGCUGACGCUUCUCUGGAGGGUCUCGCUCCCCACGGGUGGCCAGUGCACGCUGCACUGUGAGCAGAUUGGAGAAAUGAAGGCGGAGAUCACCAGGCUACAUAAAAAAUUAUUUGAACAGGAAAAGAAGUUGCAGAACACCAUGAAGCUUUUGCAGCUGAGCAAGCACCAGGAGAAAGUCAUCUUUGAUCAGUUGGUCGUCACCCACAAGAUCCUUCGGAAGGCCAGAGGGAACCUGGAGCUGAGGCCCGGGGGCGCCCACCCAGGAGCAGCCAGCCCCAGCAGACCAGGCUCCUGAGAGCUGUCAGACAAUAAAGCUGUGGUUCUCCGCUCCC